CCUACGAAUAAACUUUUCGAUUGCUAAUAUCUGCUACGGGCUACUACGAUUUUGGGGAUUUUUUCUUUGGGUUUUAUACAUUUUUUAAAUUUAAUUUACGAUAUAUUAUAUCGCGGACUUUUAUUUUACAUAAUUUAAACGGGGUUAACUUUGCACUCGACAGUAUUGUCGCUGAUUCAUUUCGUUUUAAUUGUUCCUGUGAUUCAUCAAGGCCGGGAGUGAUAGGAUUUUAAGCCUGAGAGCGUUUGCAAUCGCGUUUAUCCCGCAGUCCCAUCUUGUCGCCGAUUGCUUUUGAGGUGCCCCCGGCGCCCACAGAGCCUGCGCCUUCGCCGCCGUCGGAGCACCGGCAGCUGUCCGCAGAAUCGACUAUACUUGGAUCUGGCCUAUCGUUUUAUGAUAAUGAUGACUAUUAUUCUAUGGUGAGGGGGAACAAGUACAUGUCGGAGACUGGUGUAAAGCAUCUCAUGAUGAACGGUGCUCUCAACUUCGUGCCGGCACAGAAGGUCGACCCUCCACAGGUGCCCUCCCUCCCAACGAAGAGUAUGUCUCUACCAUACGUGAACGUGGAUAAACCUGAUGUGGAAUACAAAGAUGGACAGAUUGUAAGCGCCAGUAUUGACGCCCUGGUGGAUCUGCUGCGGCCUGGAGCGAGCAAAUCCUUCGUGUUCACAUUCUUGCUCUGCUCGAGGCUGUUCGUCAAGCCCCAUGAGCUGCUCGGCAAGCUGUGUAAGCGCUACUUUAGGAGCUACGACAAAGUGGGCAAAUCAGAAAUGAAGGAGUCAACAGAAAAAGAAGUCCAGGACAUGGUCUCUCUGGUUCGCGUCGUGGACCAGUGGACCACAAUGUUCCCGUACGACUUCCGAGAUGAUCGCGUCAUGGCUCUGCUCAAGAGCAUCACACAGAGGUGCGCCGCGGAACACAUGUCGUCGGUGCGCGAGGACGUGUCGAGCAUGCUCGAGCGUCUGCUCGACAAGCUGACCGCGCUCGAGCACUACGAGGAGUCGCUGGUCGACGUGCCGCAAGUCACAAGCACUGAUUGCUUGCAACCGGGCGAUAUCCUGACCCUGGGCCUCACACCCGUGGAACUGGCCAACCAGCUGACCAUAGUGGAAUUGCACCGUCUCUCGUUCCUGGGUCCAGAGGAGUUCGUCCAGACCUUCGCACCGGUACAAGCCGGUACAUCAUCCAAGGGUAUAACCCUGCAUCAUGUGGAAACGAAGAGCACCAAGAAUCUGGAGGCUUACGCUGAGUGGUUCAACCGAUUGAGCUAUUUGGUUGCUACUGAUAUAUUGAAGCCGGUAAAGAGCAAGUAUCGUGCCCGCGUGAUCGAGCAGUGGGUGAUGACGGCGCGCGAGUGUUUCAACCUCGGCAAUUUUAACUCGCUCAUGGCGAUCAUAAGCGCGCUCAAUAUGUCGCCAGUCACUAGAAUGAAGAAAACGUGGAGCCGCACGUCAGCGGUUUGCGGCCAGCAACUGCGUCAGCUCGAGCUGUGUGUCGAACCGAGCGGAAACCAUGCUAGAUACAGGGCAGCCCUAGCAGCGGCCCCGACUGAGACAGCGGUACCACUGCUGUCGGUCACUUGCCGUGACUUGCACUUUGUCAACCAGAGCACGCCGACCAAGCUGUCCGGCAACCGCGUGAACUUCAGCAAGUGCACGGCCCUGGCGCGGCACGUGAGCGGCGCGCUGGCGUCUCGCCGGCUGUGCGGGGACGGCCCGGCGCCCCCCCAGCCCCCGCCGCCGCCCCCGCACCCGCCCGCCUGGCGCUUCCUCACCGAGCGCCCCACGCUCACUGAGCUCGGAUUGGAGCUGACCUCGUUCGACCGGGAGCCCCCCACCGACCAGAUCGAGAAGGAGCGACUGAAACGUUUGCGCGGAGGGACAUAAAAUUAGCCGAUAUUUUGCGUCUCGGAGGCGUUCAACCAAAUGCUGCUGAACAACCUCCCAUAGACGUGCCAUAGACCAGUGAACAAUAGUGCGAGUGAGUGUUGCCACGUUUGUGACGUCACGAUGGACCAUAGACUACAGUGCUGGUCAGUUUCAUAGACAAUUCGAAGAGUCAGUUUAAUUAUAGAAUGUGUUCUGUAAUACCAAAACGGCCCUAUGUAGUGUCAGAAUAUUUGAAACGGUCGAAUAGGCAUGACGACAGUAUCCAUAAAUGAUCAUAUUAGUGUUUUCAAGGGAAAAUGUAUACUAAAUAAAUUAAAUAUAGUGACUUAAAAAUCUAAAAAAACAUUAAGAUUAAUGAGAUUAUCA